GGAACUUAGGGAGAAUAACUAAGUGGCAAUGGAAAAGAGAAGAAAACACCAGAGAAGGUGUCAACACCGGAAAAGGAGAGCCUGGAGUUGAAAGAAGAGGGGUGGCUCAACUACAAUCAACCAUGGCCAGUCUGCAGAGGCCCUCACUGCCCCUGUUGGCUUCUCUAGCCCUGACAUUUAUCCUAGCUGUGGGCCUUGUAACCAGUGCUAAGGCUGAGGAUGAGCAGGUGGCCGUAGGUAGGGUGGAGCCAGUUGACCUGAAGGAUGAAGAGGUGCAGAAAGCAGUGGAAUUUGCUGUCAAAACCUACAAUGAUAUGAUAAAUGACCUGUACAUUAGCAGGCCAAUAAAGGUGAUGGGCGCCAGUCAGCAGGUUGUGGCUGGGAAGAACUUCUACUUGAAAAUAAAAUUCGGUCGAACCACAUGUUCCAAAACCCAGUCUGAUUUGACUGACUGUCCCUUCUUUGAACAGCCAGAUCAGCAGCAGAGAGUAAUCUGCAAUUUCAAGAUCUACAGUGUGCCCUGGGAGAACAAGAUGUCCAUGACAAGCUUCAACUGUCACAGAGCCUGAGGAUCUAUGCCACAAUACACUGUGCUGACUUCUCCUUUCUCUAGCUUCUCCUUUAGUUCCCCUUUCCUUAGAUAGGGGUCCCAGCCCCAGAGGAUGUCUCUUCAGAAUGCUAGAAUCAAGAGAUCAGUAGAGAAGGAUGCUACAGAAAUACCCUGCACACCUAAAUGGCUAGUCCCUUGUUGAUUUCUUCUACUUGCUUUAUAAAUGCACAAAGCUGUAGCUUGCUGUUCACCUUUUUCUCAAUAAAAGACUACCAUCA